AUGUCCACUGCAGAGAUUUGUGAAAAGUUAAAAGCUUUUAAGCCACAAGUAGAGACUACGAUAGAACAAUUAAAUGAUUUAGACAAAGUGAGUCUAUCAGUACUCAAGACGUUUAUAAGCGAUACAACUUUAAUGAAGUCCAAACAUUCUUUUAUGAAAAUACAAGCAGUACUAGACUACAUGCAUGAACAAAUAAAUAUAGGAAACUGGAAGGAUGUUAGGUUAUUUUUGAGGAAGACUAUAACUAUAGCAUCUUAUUUGAAAGUAUUGGCAAUUUUGGUACAGCAGUCUGAUUUAACAGAUAGUGUUAUAAAGGAGGUGUAUGGGGCUAUUGACUUUGGUAUUAUGUUCGGAUGUCCAAUCUCUAGUGAACCAGAAUUGUUACAAAAAUGUGGCAGUAUUUUAACCUCUGUAACAAGCCAAAAUUGUACUUACGAAACAGAUAAUAAAAUAGAUUCUCAAAUUGAAUGUGUUCAUAUAGAAAAGCCUUCUGGAGUUAUUGAUAUAGAUGUAAUCACAUGUCCAAGUAUGGAGUAUUUUUAUAAAAAUGUUAUACUACAGAAGAGACCAGUUAUAUUAGAAAAUUGUAUAGACCAUUGGCCUGCUCUAUCUAAAUGGAAAGACAGUAACUAUUUCAUUAAACUUGCUGGGCUAAGAACUGUUCCAAUAGAAAUAGGGCGAGAGUAUACUGAUCCAGACUGGACACAGAAGUUGAUUUUAAUGAAGGACUUCAUUAAAACAUACAUCUAUCAGGAUAAUGGUCCAAAAGGGUACCUCGCGCAGUACGCACUGUUCGAGCAAAUACCCGAGCUGAAAAAAGAUAUAAUUGAGCCAGAAUAUUGCAGCUUUUCUGAAACAGACGAGCCAGUAAAUGUCAUGGCGUGGUUUGGUCCGAAAGGGACUGUGUCGCCGUUGCAUCACGAUCCUACUAAAAACUUGCUUACUCAAGUUGUUGGUGAGAAAAGGAUCUAUUUAUUUUCACCAAGUGACUCUGAAUACCUAUACCCACAUGAAAGUGACCUUCUUGAUAAUACAGCAAGAGUAGACCCAAGGAAUCCUAAGUUAGGAGAAUUUCCUAACUAUACCAGCGCUAAACCCUAUUAUUGUGUACUGAAACCUGGUCAAAUGUUGUACAUACCACCAAAAUGGUGGCAUUUUGUAGAAUCACUGUCAAUUAGUUUUUCAGUCAGCUUUUGGUGGACUUGA